AUGUUUAGAAGCGGUAUAGGUCGUGCCUUAUCUUAUCUAAGCAGAACACAAGCUAAGUCACAGCCAUAUUUGCUAAAGCCCAAGUUAAGGAAGAUGGAGACUAGCAACACGAAACCACUUGUCUGGAUCGAUUGUGAGAUGACUGGUCUUGAUCAUGUCAACGACGAGAUUAUCGAGAUAUGCUGUAUAGUUACAGAUGGUGAACUCAAGAAUCUUGACACUGAGACCAAAGAACAAUGCUAUGAAAGUGUUGUGCAUUGCCCCAAGGAGAAGCUAGAUGCCAUGGACCAAUGGUGCUUGGAUCACCAUGGAUCCAGCGGUUUAAUGGACAAGGUCCUAGCUAGUAAAAAGACCAAAGAGCAAGUUGAAGAAGAGCUGUUAAAUUACUUGCAAAAAUGGAUCCCUGAGAAGCGUGUUGGGAUACUUGCUGGUAACAGUGUUCACAUGGACAGAUUGUUCAUGUUGAAGGACUUCCCAAGAGUUGUACAAUACUUACAUUACAGAAUUGUCGACGUCAGUUCGAUCAUGGAAGUGGCCAGGAGACACAAUCCAUCACUAACAGCAGUGGUUCCAAAGAAAGAGGCCGCCCACACCGCCAAGUCCGACAUCCUAGAGUCCAUCUCCCAGUUACAAUGGUACAUGGAUCAUUAUUUGAAGAGCGAAGAAGAGACCAAAGAAUUCGUGGAGUCACAAAAUGAGAAAAGACCUUCUGAGGAGCCUAUAGAUCAACCACAGAAGAAACAAUGUCAAUAA